AUGAAUAGAGAAGACUAUGUAAAAGAAGUUCAACAGCAAUUGGAUAAUGAUCAAUAUUAUGAGAAGGUACAAACUGACUUCUCACCUGCAGCUGUUCAGAAUGUUAUCAAAUGUGUCGAAGAAAUUGAAAACAUCGAACCUAACAUUAGGAAAGGAUUUGAUGCUUUUGCAGAAAAUCUGAGAACAUCACAAUUUUACAUACUGCCAAAAAUACAUAAACCUUUCGAUGAUAAUCUACCUCUUGGAUACCCUGGCCGACCUAUUGUGUCUGCAUAUGAUUCAUGCACGGAUCAUAUAUCUAAAUACGUUGACCAUAUUCUGCAACCAAUUGUGCAGUCCCUGCCGUCGUAUAUAAAAGACACAAAUGACUUUAUUACAAAGCUUAAACAGCAUAAACUACGCAAUGAUAAAACAUUUCUAGUUGCAUUGGAUGUUAAUUCUUUGUAUACAAAUAUCCAACACACUGAAGGUAUAGAAGCAUGCAAAUAUUUUUUGGAAAACAGUAACUAUAAUGGUAGAUUGUCAGUGGACAGUAUAUGUAAACUUCAAGUUUAA